UCCGAAAAGUGGAUAUCGUCGGUAGUAAGUACCUGUAACCCUUAAGGAAACCAUAGUAUGCUGCUUGAACGGAAAUGAAGCGAGUACUAUGGGCUAAACACGUCUCUAUAUCAUAUCAAACGCGUCAAAACACGAAACAUGGCUUCUCUUGAUGUUUCGCGGUUAUUCGGGGUGAAGGGUUAUACCGCGGUCGUUACAGGGGGAAGUUCGGGUCUCGGCUUCAUGAUCUGCAAGGGUCUCGUAACCAACGGAGCAAAAGUCUACGUAGUCGCCCUCCCAGCUGAGCCGAUAGACGAGCGGGUUGCUGAACUGAAUGAAAUCGGGAAAAGCUCUGGCGGAAGUGCCGUGGGUAUCGCUUGUGAUGUCUCAUCGAAGCAGUCGAUAUCUGAACUGGCUGCUAAAAUUUCGCAACAAGAGCAAUCCAUCGAUCUUCUGGUAUCCAAUGCUGGUAUCAGGAGAGAUCCUCCUAUUUUGUGCGAUGUUCAGGCAGCGCCCCUAGAUGAGUUGCAAGCCUCUAUGUGGUCAUCCGAACAUUCAGAUUGGGGCAACACCUUCAGCGUGAAUAGUACCGCACACUAUUUCAUGUCGGUUGCAUUUCUGCCCUUACUAGCUACUGCCGCGGAAAAAGACAAAAGCACCGGUCGUGGCUCGAUCGUGAUAACUAGCUCGUGCGCGAGCAUGCACAACGUUACCAAUGUCGACUUAACCAGCUACGCAACAAGCAAAGCUGCUACUGAUCACCUGGUCAGGCUACUCGCUGCCAAGUUCAGCCGAUUCUACGUCCGAGUAAACGGUAUUAAUCCAGGAUUUGUCCCUAGCAAGAUGAACCCCGUUGGCGAGGAGGGCAACGUGUUUAGCAAUUUGUUUGAUAAAGUUCCGGCACGGAGGGCUGGGGGAGAAGAGGAUAUCGCCGGUGUUGUCAUCUACUUGGCGAGUCGCGCAGGGGCAUAUGUUGACGGGAUUUCUGUUUGUGUAGAUGGAGGUCGCAUUUUACUAGCCAAUGGUCAAUAAGUGGGAGGUAGGUACCUACUUAGUUGUUCCCUUUUCUAGACGGGAUAAUGUCAUUAUAUCGAUAUCCAUCUGUCUACCCCUUUACCUAUGAUCGCAAGGAAACGCUGGAGAGCGUGCACCGCGGGCCUACUUUUAGCAAGUACCCCGCGCCAUAAUACGGUGCUCAGAUGGUGAAGGCGGGGUAACAAAUUCGGCAUUACUCAAUAAAGGGGCUCACUAUAAUUCACAAGUUUUAGUGGAAAGCGCCCUAUAAUUAGGCACAGAGCACGCUGUAAAAAGUGGGUCAGUUUUCACAGAUUACCUAGUAGCUGUUCUUCUUCG